CGCCGUCGGGGGCGGUGCUGCCGGAAGCAGACGUGUGUUUCGGGAGGAAAGGGAAGCGAUGGCGGCGGCCAAGGCUGAGUGGGAGCCGGCGGGGCUGCUGCCCGCCGCGGGGGGCGGCCUGGACUGGGAGGCGGUGCUGGGCGAGGAGCUGAGCGAGCUGCUGGGCGCCGCGGCCCCGAAGGACGAGCCCGACGAAAAUGAUCUCUAUAACUUUCAUUUUGAUUUGGAUUUGAUGUCUUGGGACUCGGACUUUUGGAAUAUUACAGGCCAUGCUUAUACAGAUGAAAGUGUGAAGACAGAACCCUUAUCACCGGCCACUUCAAACUGUUCGGUCCCUUCUCCGUCGUCUGUGGACUCUCCAAUGCAGAAUGUGCCUGAUGAUGUGGACUUCAGCUGUAGCUCCCAGAUGUCUCCCAUCUCUCUCUACGGCAAGAGCUGCAGGAGCCCUGCAUCCCCUGAAGGAGAUGGGGAGAAGAAGCCUGCUGUCAGCACCUCUCCUCGAUCUGGAAAUAAUUCUGCAAAGAACCUGAAGAGGUGUAGUCAGGCAGUGUCCAGGCCUUUGAUACAACCCAAACCCCUUUUGCCUGCUGUGCCUGAAACUCAGGCUAACAUUGGCAUCCCAGCUAAAACCAUCAUUAUUCAGACUCUUCCCACGCUUGUACCACUGCCAAAGAAUCAGCCAGUUGUUAACAUACAGCCAGCACCUCCUAAAGGUCAAUCCGUGGUGCUCCCCCAGCCCGCCGUGGUGCAGCUUCAGGCUUCUGGGGUGCUUCCUGCUUCCCAGCCAGUCAUUGCUGUCACUGGAGGGACCACACCACUUCAAAACCACAUGGUGAAUGUGUUGCCUCCAGCUGCUGGAAAUGGCUCAACAAGUGGGAAAAUACUGGUGACUAAGCCCUUGCUUCAAAGCAGCACACCAGCAAUGGGGCUGGACGUCAAUGUCUUGAGACGGCAGCAGCGCAUGAUCAAAAACCGCGAGUCGGCCUUUCAGUCGCGCAAGAAGAAGAAAGAAUACAUGUUGGGACUGGAGGCGAGGCUGGAGGCAGCCUUGCUGGAGAACGAGAAACUCAAGAAAGAAAACAGCACACUGAAGAGGCAGCUGGAUGAAAUAGUAUUAGAGAACCAGAAGCUCAAAGUAUCAUCUCCAAAGAGAAGGACCCUGUGUGUGAUGGUGAUAUUGGCUUUUAUAAUGCUCAAUUACGGUCCACUGAGUAUAUUCGAAAAAGAUCCCAGUGGAGUUGAUUCCACUGCAAGUUCUCACCACCGGACCAGAAAUCUUCUGGAGUUCUCAGCUGGCCAGGAGUCCAGUGCAGCUCAGAGAAUACCUGAGGGCAUCAUUCCUGAGAAGAGUAAUAGGUAUGAUGGUUCUGUAUCUGAUAAUAAAGCACUAAUGAUAGUCUCAGAAGAGCCACUUUUAUAUAUUUCACCACCCCCGCCCCCAUGUCGGCCUCUGAUCAACCGGACAGAGUCGCUGAGGCUGAAUCACGAACUUCGAGGAUGGGUUCAUAGACACGAAGUGGAGCGAACAAGGUCUAGAAGGUUAUCAAAUAAUCAGCAGCAGAAAGCACGGGUUAUGCAGAGCUCCCUGAGUGAGAAGGCAGAUUCCCAGCUGAUGGCCAUGCCUUACACAGACACCCAGUCUCAGGUAAGCAGGAACUCAGGGAAUGAGCUGCAAGUGUACUAUGCCUCUCCGAGGAGCUAUCAAGACUUCUUUGAAGCGAUUCGCCGAAGGGAAGAUACUUUCUACGUGGUGUCAUUUCGCAGGGACCACCUGUUAUUGCCAGCCACCACACAUAAUAAGACCAGAAGGCCGAAGAUGUCUAUAGUGUUGCCAGCUGUAAACAUCAAUGAGAAUGUGAUCAAUGGGCAGGACUAUGAGGUGAUGAUGCAGAUUGACUGUGAAGUGAUGGACACCAGGAUCCUCCACAUCAAAAGUUCUUCUGUCCCUCCGUACCUCCGAGAGCAGCGCAGAAAUCACACCGACACCUUCUACAGCUCGUCCCCCUCCGUCCCAGAGAUGCCCCAUGCCCUGAGGGCCAUUGUCAAAUCCAUGCAGUAGCCCCUGGUUUAGCGCACGGCCGGUGCAUCCGACAUGCAGCAGGUCCUGCCGCCAGACUGAGCCCCUUCCCUGGCAGGGCCCUGGGGCUCCUGGCACAUCAGCACAGCAGGGGCAGUCCCCCUGAGCCCAUUCCUGUGCCUGACCCUGCCCAACCUCCACAUCCUGUCCAGGGAUUAUGCAGCUCAGCCCUGGGGGCCCCGUGCAGCAAUGCCAGGUGCCAGAGGUGUGGGUGAGACACCGCUGCAGUCCUGGGGUCGGCGCCAUGGGGGGACACGGGCCAUCCCUGCUGCUUAUGCAUUGUCCAAAACCUUGGGUUGUUUUUAACUUUUGUCCCUGUUAGGCUGCCUCCUGAGGUGGGGUGCUGAACCCUGGUGUCCUGCCCAGAGACAUCGCAGCAGACACCCAUGCUUGAGAUCAGGCUGCGCUCCCUGCAGUGUGUGAUGGGCAGCAGCAGGAAGCAGUGUCCAGUUCCCAGCCAGAGCUGCAGGGAUUUCUGCAGCCCUGUACCCCAUGCUGGGCCUGACCAGACAGCCCCACUCCGCAUCAACCCCCACAUCUGCCCAAAUUCCUGCCUGUGCAGCCUCCCUUGCUGGGGAGCCCUGGGAUGCUUCCCAGGGGAGCAGUGGUGCCGUGGGGCAGGCCAGCCCCUGCCACCACAAGCAGACCAGCCCACACUGACACAGCAGUGCACACCCCUCCACACACCUCCUCACCUACGUGUGCUCUCCUGCACACUGCUGCUGUCUCUUCCCCAGCCCACGUGGCUGCUUGGCAGAAGGCUGGGGCUUGGCCCAAGGGAGGUGAUUUAAUGCAGCAGAUGCAUUUGUAAAGCUUUUCGGUUUCUUGGGUUUGGUUUCUUUUUCCUGUUUUUUGUUUGGGUUGUUUUUUGUGUGUGCUAUUUAAUACUUUUCACUGCUAACAACAGCCUGUGGAGCAGCACUGGCCCCACUGGGGCAGAAGGGCUGCCUCAAUUCAGAGGGACACAGUCACAGCAGACACUCACAGCACUUUCCUCCUGAAACCACACACACAUAACACACACUCAGCCCCACACACCCCUCUCUGCCUUGCCAGCACUGACAACCACCCGUCAGGCAGUGGGGGAUUGUGGUGUUUGCCCCAAACAUGGAGCUGCAGCCGACUGCUGCUGUUCCUAAACCAGUGUGGGCUCUGUUCAGUCUGUCCUGUGUUUGUCAGCCGAGCCCCAGGCCGGAGCUGGGCCGAGGGGCUGGGUACUGAGGUGCUCAGCCGGGAUGAGAAACCAGCAGAGCAUCGACCUUGUGUAAUGACUUCAGCAUGUUACAGUAUUUUUCUUCCCCUUUACAGUUCGCACAGAAGACUGACUGGCUCGUGUGGGGUUUCUAACUAUGAAUAUUAUUAUUAUUUGUGUGUGUGUGUGGCUGUUAGGAAAUAAAAGCUGAUCCAGCAGCAAGACAAACAGCUCCAGGGGCAGUGAGGAGGAGGAUGAGGAGCAAUACACCCCUGUGAAGUAUGAGCCUUGCAACACCAUGGAAAAACUUUGCCCUUUGCCACGUACUCGGCGCAAGCUGCGCAGGCCCCCCAUCCUCUCGGCGCUCGCGCGGCUGGGAAGCAGCCGGGCUCGGCGAGGGGUUUGGCUGCACUCCUUGCACCAGUUCGUUUUCCUGGCCCUGGCCCCACCUGACUGUGGGCCAGCUCACACAAUAUUCAAAAAUAAAAACCCCGGCGGUGCCCCAGCCAGAGGCACACGGCUCCCCUGCAGUCCCAGGAAGGGAUGGCUGACUGCUGUGGGGGCAUUUACUGGGUUGGCACCGCCCAGCACAUUGGGAAGGGCUGCUGAUGGAGGCUGGGGCUCAGGACUGCUACAGCACUGCAUCCUCAGUCAGCACCAUGGGCUCCAGUGGUGGACAGCAUCUCUCAUCCUGUGUAGUUCUGUUCUCUGUGUCCCUGGCACUGAAGGCAAUAAAAUCCUUCUUUUAUUUAUUAUUAA